CGACUGUGGCGAACUAUACAGUGAAUGUGAAACUUCUAUGGUAGCAAUGAAGAGCGAACAGUGUUUCUCCGUUCUUGUACUCGUGUUGGUAUGUUUUUCAGGGAAUGGCAAGGGAAGUGCCGGACUCGAUACGUCACUGACAUCCUGGGAAACAUUAGAUGAACUAUUUGAGCUUUGCGAUCUUCUUGGAUGGGUACCCCAAGGGCAUCCUCGACCAAUUUACCGACAAGAUCUACCUGCAGACUACAUAGCAUACUGGGAGCUCGAGGUCAAUGACACCGAUUACGUCAUCAUAUCGUCAAGUGCAAAAACCGGUGACUAUCGAUUGAACCAACAAGGCCCAUUACCAAGUCCUACUACACUACUGGACAAGUAUGCGUCAUCAAUUCAAUGUCAAUGUCAUCGUUAUUAUAUGCUAUCUCCAGAUGGACAGAUGUAUUGUCAGGAUGAGGAAGACAGAAUAGUUGCCAUGACAACUGAAAACUUGAUUGACAUUGGAAAAAACGAUGAAUAUACAAAGAUGGACACUCUAGCAAAAAUCUUGUUCGUACAACAAGACGAAAUACGAGCGGAAUGGGACCAGCGCCGAAUUAAAGUUGAGCAAUCAGCUGUGUGGUCUACUGUGACCAAGUUCAAUGAAGCAUUGUGGGAUAGUUAUGAUGAUGAUAAUGACGUCAUCGAUUUAUUCCAUAGUGACAGUUACUCAGAGCAAGCCAUAUCACCAGGUGAGAUGAUACAAAUUCCCCUUGGAGAUGUAACACAUACACCAAAAGUCAGGUUUCUACCAUUUGAAAUGAACAUGACUGAAGAGGAUAGGUCUGAGUGGCAACAAAGGUUGUGUCGAGUGCUUCUUGACAUAUGUAAGGUGAACAGUUAUACAAGUAUCGAUGAGACCAAGGUGUCUGUCAACCACAAACUAGGCAGGCGUUCACUGGAAUUGAAAUUGCACGAUGAUGAGGAAUUCGUAAAGGAAAUACUGGAUGGAAGAGAAAUCGGUUUUCAUAUUGAAAUCCAUCUUAAUAAUGGAGAAGUCAUUUUGAAGCGAUUCGGAAUAGAUUUGAGUUCCCACAUGAACCGAUAUAGGCGGCACACCAGCACCCGUCCAUGGAAUAGUUGGUCGUAUUCUGAAAUUAAAAAUGAGGAAUUGUUUCCUGACUACUGGCAACAUAGCGUAGAUGGGUGUAUGAGUGGAUGCGGCCCUGUAUCAUGGACAAUGGUGUUUGGAUAUUAUGAUCGUCUGGCCCAUUCAAGUACUCCUCACGGACACUCUACAGCACUUUGGCGAUGUGGGGAGGACGGUACCACAGGAAAUGAUGACUGCGUGGCGCCCGCUACGUUGAACGAUACCACUAAAGAGUACGUGGAAGUAGUGAGGGAGCAAGUGGACACAUUCUGUCUCUUAGGCCAAGGUGCUACUCCGCAGUGGGAUAUGGAUGGAAUAGCCAAAUUUUACCAAAGUAGGCAAGGCGGCUCUUCGCAUAUAACGACUUGGAACACUGGUGGACCACAUGGUUUUCUGGGUUGGUACAGUGAUCAAGUGGCAAAUGGAAUCGUUAAUGCAAUAAAAGAUGCCCAACUGCCUGUAGUUGUUGGAUAUCGUGUCGGCGGGAAAUUAGAUCGCCAACAUUAUGCCGUAGCAACCAAACUACGACGUCGCUCAAGACGUUUCCGUCACUGUUAUUUGUUUUUCUGCAAUGACUGGAAAACUGAAUGGGACAAUGAUAUGUACAUCCAUUUUGGGGGUCAGAAUGGUUCUGGUAAUGGUUGGCGUUCUUGCGAAGGAUUCUUUGGCGGUGUAGCAUACCCUUCUUAG